UGAUUUACUAACCUCCAAUCUAAAUAAAAAUCGAAUUUGUUAAAAUUAAAUUGGAAAAAUCAAGUAUAAAAUCCAAAAAAACAAACAAUGAAUCCAUAUAAUGUUACGCAUAAUUUAACUUGCAUAACAAUUAAUUUACUUGUAACUAAUUCAGAUUGUGAUCCGUGCUGAAAUUAAACUUACUGCGAAAAAGCCAUCCAAGGCCAUGUUUAGAAAUAGAUUCGUCAGUGGUCUCAGUUAAAACUUCCGAGUCGUAGUUGAGAUAUUGCCAGAAAAACAUUAUCCCAUUUUGCAGUAUUUUUUUUCUUUCAAAACAUUUCUCCUAGUAUACUGUGUUUAUUUGUAUCUUUAAAAGUAUAGCAAUAUGAGUGUGCUAAGUAAAAUAAAAGUAGUAUAUCAUAACUAUCCUUUAUUAAGGGGUAUGGCAUCUUAUGGCGUUAUUUGGCCAAUUUCAAGUUUUAUCCAACAGACAUUUGAAACAAAAGACAGUGAUGAAGGCUAUGAUUGGUGGAGAUGUGCACGUUUUGGCUUAUGGGGUUCCUGUUAUGUUGCACCUACUUUGUACACAUGGCUAACUAUAGCCAGUAUAAUGUGGCCUGGAAAUACUAUUCGUGCUGGACUUAUAAAGACGGCUGUUGAAACUGUGACAUACACCCCAUUUGCUAUGUGCAGUUUUUACUUUGGGAUGAGUUUGCUUGAGAUGAAAUCUUUUGAUGAAGCAGUAGCAGAAGUAAAUGCAAAAUUCUGGCCUACAUAUAAGGUUGGAGCCUCCAUAUGGCCAGCUGUGGCUCUAGUGAACUUCUGUUUCAUUCCACCAAAAAACAGAGUACCCUUCAUCAGUGUGUGCAGUCUCAUGUGGACAUGCUUUCUUGCAUAUAUGAAACAUCUUGAGAAGGAAGAUAUACCUCAAAGAGCAAAACAAAAUAAUGUUAAAAUGCUCAGUAAUAUAUGAGAAUUAUUACUUAUU